AGCUCAUUAAAUGUUCGUAACAACGGUAUGGUAUGGGCAGAGUAGGACUGGUUCUAUUUGUACGGCCAGAACCCAAUAUCAGUACUUCAUAUAGUCGUGGUUGCUUCGAUAAGACGACAGCGAUAUAUAUCAACCAGUAUACUCUGCACUCUUAGCGAUGUCUAUCCCAGUCUUCCCGUACACUCCACUGUCGGAGCCUGAUCGGAUCCUUCAUGUUCAGCCUUCUCCAGAUCUAUCACCAGAAAUUAUAAGCAAUCUCGAAAAAACAACUCUCAGCAAGUACGACCACGACAUUCACCAUCCGUACACUGCCCUGUCCUAUGUCUGGGGUGAUGCUUCUGAUCAGCGCAUCAUUCGGGUGGAUGGGCAAUCGUUCUUGGUCACCAAGAACCUUCAUGACGCACUGGAAUGCUUGCGAGACGAUAAGAAGACUCUGAGUAUCUGGGUAGACGCAAUUUGCAUCAACCAAUUCGAUGUGCUCGAACGCAAUCAGCAGGUUUCACAAAUGGGUCGUAUUUAUUCUUCCGCAUCUCACACCAUCAUUUUUCUGGACUCCUCGAGCGAUGAUCUCGAUUAUGUUCUUCUAGAAACCGAGAGGAUUGCCAAAGAAAACAGUGAACCUAUAAAUGCGUUUCUUUUCGGGGCCGGACAUCUACUGCCUCCUUUUUUGCGCAUCUUGGCCCAGCCUUGGUUCCAUCGAGUCUGAAUUCUACAAGAAUUGGUUCUGUCAAAAGAUCCUUUCGUGCAAUGUGGGAAGUCACGUAUCAGAU